AUGAGUUCCGAUCACUCGUCACCGCCGUCCUCUCCACUCUCGGUCCUUUCCAAGUCGCCGUCCCUUCCUUCCUCUCCCGCGUCUCUUGACCCUUCCAAGAGAUAUCCCUCGCCCACAGCCAGCUCGCAGUCUGGAGGAGCAUCACCAAUGAAACUUCAAGACGAGCCGGACGAGAUUUGCGUCCGCACCGACGGGCCUCCUCCCUCGAAGAAGCGCCGAGUCAACCCGCGCAAGCCGCGCACUACCGAAUAUGUGCAGCUCGAGGAAGCCUCUGAGGACGACGAAGAAAAGCUGGAAGCGCUCCUCAAAGCGCUGCGGAAGAAGAAGAAGAUUGUAGUUAUUGCCGGUGCAGGUAUUUCGGUCUCCGCUGGAAUCCCCGACUUUCGCUCGUCAACUGGCCUAUUCACAUCAUUACGGGGUCAACACGGACUCAAGAAGGGUUCUGGAAAACACCUGUUCGAUGCCUCAGUCUACAAGCACGAUGACGCAACCGAGUCUUUCCACUCCAUGGUGCGCGAGUUGGCGCAAAUGGCACAAAACGCCAAACCGACUCCCUUCCACCAUCUGUUGGCCUCGCUCGCCCAUGAAGGGCGUCUGAUGCGACUGUACACACAGAAUGUCGACUGUAUCGACACCUCGAUGCCCCCGUUGGCCACCAACAUCCCUCUCAAUCGGAAGGGGCCCUGGCCAGUCACGAUCCAGUUGCACGGCGGCCUCUCAAAGAUGGCUUGCAGCAAGUGUGGUGGCACCGAAGCAUUCGACGCAUCCCUGUUUGAGGGACCAGAGGCGCCCCUAUGUGAGCCCUGUACCGUGGCAGAUGCUGUUCGGACGGAAUUUGCGGGCAAGAGAAGCCAUGGCAUCGGGCGUCUUCGACCCAGGAUUGUGCUCUACAAUGAGUUCAACCCAGACGAGGAGGCGAUUGGCCAGGUCAUGCAAGCAGAUCUCAAGCGGGGACCAGACGCUGUCAUUGUCGUUGGCACCACUUUGAAAAUUCCCGGUGUUCGACGAAUCGUCAAGGAGAUGUGUCUUUCUACGCGGAGUAGGAAUAACGGUUUCACUGCUUGGGUCAACAUCGACCCCGAACCCCAAGGGGCCGAGUUCAAGGGAUGCUGGGACCUGAUUGUCAAGGGCAAGUCGGACGACGUGGCGGAGCUGGUCAACCUGCCGCACUGGGAUGAGCAGGAUAUUGGCGACUCCUGGAAGGUCACGGGUAUACCCGAAGCAGAGGAGCGCUGCAAGGAAGGCAUCACACGGGAGCAUAUCGAUAUCGUCCUCGAUGCCAAGCCGCCAUCAGAAACCACGGAGCCCGCCGUCAAGGAGGAGACGCCCGAGCUGCCCGAACUCAAGUCGAAGCUGGUCGAGCAGGUACAAGGCAUCCCCACGCCAAGCGCAAGCCCCAAGCUGCGGACAGCACUGCCUGACCACGCUGCUGCGAACAAAUCCAAGCAGAAGCAGGGCAAGCUUCUGUUUGGUAGUCAGACCAAGCCGGAAGCAGCCGGGAAGCAGACCAAGGCUCGCAAGCCGCGGCAGCCCAAGAAGGCCAAGGAGGAAAAGCCACGCAGCAACCUCGUCAAGGCCUUCAAGGCGACAAAGAAUGUCUUGCCCGGUGCUGGUUCCCACUCGGAUAUCAACAAACAGAAGAAGCACUCUCUGCCCUGGGAGCCAGAGUCAUCCGACCUCUCGUCGCCGCCGCCGGCCAAGCGCGAGGAAGGGGAGACCUUUUCGGGUCUUCCGCCCCUGCGUGACAAUUACUACAAGGAGAACCACCCGCCGUUCACGAUCGAGGCAGCUCCCUCGACGCCGCCGCAGCAGCAGGGGCACUUCUCUCCCAGCGGCAGAGAGACCAUCUCGCCGAGCUCCAAGCCGCGGUCGUUGAGCCACCUGAUCGAUUAG